UGUGCAUUUGGCUUCGUUUAACACACUUCUGGAAAUUGAAACAGCUCUUCUUGUUUCAGUACCUUUUAUAUAUAUUAAUUUUCCUUCUGCAGCUUCUCAUAAAUAGGAGUGUUACAAUUUGUUGAUUAAAAAUGGCACCAAAAAGAAGUUAUAACUAUGGAAUGUCAUCAUUUCCAGUGAGUAUGUUUGCUCAUUUGUUGGCUAUAGCAAUAACCACUUUGGUGCUGGUUUGGCUUCUUCACUUCCGCGAAGGCCUCGCUUUCAAAUCAGCUAACAAACCGAAGAUUUUCAAUGUGCAUCCACUGCUAAUGGUGAUAGGUUUCGUCUUGAUUUCGGGACAAGCUAUAAUGGCAUACAAGACAGUUCGAGCAAGAAGAAAUAUUCAGAAAAUAUUUCACUUGAUUCUGCAUUUUAUUGCUUUGGCUGCUGGCAUUGUGGGCAUAUAUGCAGUUUUUAAGUAUCACCACGAGUCUGGACUUCCUGAUGUAUAUACUUUACAUUCCUGGCUUGGAAUCUCUACCAUCUCCCUUUUUGGUUUGCAGUGGAUUUUCUCCUUCAUUUCCUUGUGGUUUCCUGGUGCAAAACCAUCAGCAAGGGAUAGGCUUAUUCCAUGGCAUGCCCUCUUUGGUGCGGUUAUAUUCUUCAUGGCAAUUUUGAGUGCUGAGACUGGUUUGGUCGAACGAUUCAUUUUCCUAAGCUUGAGACGGAGUCAAGAAGCGCUCAUAGUCAACUUUACUGGUCUAUUGAUACUCCUAUUUGCAAUAUCCGUCGGUUUCACUCUUCUUCUUUAGCGUCCUUAUUAAGGUAUCACAUAUCCAUGUUAAGUCGCUUGUGAACGUCAACCUAGCUAGCUUAGUUCCAUGUUGAAGAGGAUUGUUAAUGUUAGUAAAAUACUCGUGUAAAGUAGUAGUAUAUUUUAAGUGUUGAGACUGGUUCGGUCGAAAGAUUCAUAGAUUGAGAAGAGCCCAUUACUACUCAACUUUGUUCACCUAUUGGUACUCCUAGUUGCUAUUUCCGUUGUUUUAGGGGGUGUUUGAUAGACAUUUUUUAUGUAAAAAUGUAUUUUAGAAUAGUAAAUUGAUGU